AGCUUAAUAAUCAGUUGAACACCAUCAAUUACUCUGCUCAGAUGGCGAAACUGAUCCAUCAUAUCAGACGACCCCAAGUUGGCAAGAUUGAGCUUGUGCAGAUGUAGAAUUGGCGUUAUCCUCGCAAAAGACUCAGAUCACUGCAUCAAGCGGCGACGGCGUGGCGGUGGUGGGGUAGCAUGCGGACUGACAGGACUUCCUAACGCCCGUGUGUGCAGCUAGGACCUCAAAAUCCCAGGAUCCAGGUCGUUCCCCGAGGGUCUUCACUGUGUGAGGUCUUGCGUAGACUCACAGGGUGCCAAUGCUACUCGAACUCAGUCCGACACACGGCUUCCGGACACACUGCGGUACUUCAAACCUGAAGCUCAAUGUGCAGCCAGUACCCCUCAAUUACGCGCGAGACGGGUCGUGCUCGUCUAUAAGCUCGUCUGCACAAACUGUUGCUUCCCUAGUUUGUCGAGUGCGCCUGAAACUACAAGUUCGGAAAAACCAGGGCGCUUGCAGGGGGCCUGUCACAAUUAUCUAUUUACCUUUUUUAGCGACCUCGCUACGAUACUUCGCUGUUCAGGGCGGGACCCCGGCGGGACAUAUCUAGAUCCUGAAAUCCGGUUAGCCCACUCUUCGCCGCUUUUCUGAGUCUUCACAGGCUGUAGCGGUGUAGCACUAUUACCAGCUGCAUAGCAAGGCUUCGCGGAACGACCGCGGAAAGCGCUACUCAGAGUGAUUGUGAGAAAGCACGGGGAGAGUUUAGUGAACGGUUCUUUUUCUUUCAGCGGGAGCUAUGCUUACGGACGGAGUGAGUGACCACAUGCAAUCAU